UGUGAGACAGAAACCACUACAGAAUGUACUCAAAGAGCUUCCUCUUAAUACUUUAAUUGCAGAUGCUCUUACUUGAAGGGAUGGAUGUCCAGACUAGAUGAACAAGGCAAGUGGAGGAAACUCUGGUUUGUUCUGAGUGAUACGUCGCUGAGGUACUACAGAGACUCGGAGGCUGAGGAGUCAGAUGAUGUGGACGGAGAGAUCAACCUGACAUCCUGUGUGAAUGUGUGCGACUGUGAUGUAGAGAAGAACUAUGGACUCCGAAUACAAACAAAGAGAGCAGUGUUCACUCUCUCUGCUAUGACCUCCAGAAUACGGCGGAACUGGGUGAAGUUACUAAAGCAGGCCAUCCAGAACAACACGCACCAAUCAGACACUGGCAGCGAGAAAGAGAACCCCCUCUCCCGGAGACCGUCGUCAUGCCAACCCCCUGCUCGGUUCACCUGCGGGAACUCCGGCUAUGAACAUACCACUUCCAUCUCCACCACCACAGCUGCAAACUCCCAUCGGGCCGACCACCACCAACAAACUGUGGACGGUGAUCUGGACGUAGACCUAUUUCCGGCCAGUCAGAGAGAGGAAGGGGAGGGCUGGGACCGCGAGCAAGCGAAGCGAUUGGAGGAGAGGAACAAGUGGUUUGAGGAAGGGGUCCCCUUCAGUGAGAUGGGCAGCAGGUGGGACUCCAUGGAGCUAAAAAGGGGGAGUGUGCCUGUGCCUGUUAUUGAGACCAUGGACUCAGAGGUCAACAUGAAGUGGACAGAAUUCGAGACAAUGUCAUUUAGGGACAUGAGCGCGCAGUCUCUCAUUGGAGCGCAGGCUUAUCAGUCAAGCACCCCACAGGCAUUGCAGUCUCUCGAUGUCUCCCAGACAUAUCAAUCGAGCCCCGAAGAGGCCGAACAGCCUGUCACUGUAUCACAAACUGAUAUAUCAAACUCAAAGGGGGCUCUUCCGUCCAUAAAUGGAGCCCAAACCGUUCAAACAAAUACAGCUGAAGCUCUUCAAAAGGAGGCCCUCUCUCUUCGGAAGGAAGUGGAGAGCAUUAAGAGGGAGCGUGCAGCCAUGGGGAUUGAGGUGGACAGCCCGUGCGGCCCCGGGGCCCCCUGUAGGGCCAAAUUAGAAGCCAUGGAAGUGGCCCAUCGGAAAGCACUGCAGGAGCUGCAGCAGAAACAUGCGAGGGAGAUCAGGCAGAUGGAUGAACAGAAAGACAGGAUGCUGCAGGAGGAGAGCCAGGCAGCUGCUAAAGCAAUGGAGACACUGAGAGCAGCUCACAGAGAGGAGCUGGAGAGAGAGCUGGAUAAGGCCAGGAGGUUGGCUGGCGGAGCUGCACACGUGGAUACUUCCUACAGAGGCCACAUGCCCCAGGCGGACGUCUUGCACAGUGAGUUAGAUGUGCUGUCAGAGCGCUACUCCCAGACGUGCCUGCAGCUGAGCCGCACCGAGCAGAGCAGCAGGGGCCGAGAGACUGAGCUCGGUCGCAAGGAGAGAGAGCUGGAGCAGCUCAGACGAGAGAACCAGGAGCUUAAAGCCAAGCUAGCGGAAGAGAUCAGCCGCAUGCGCUAUUUCAUCACAGGGCAGAGGUCAGAUAUCUCGGCAUCUCCUGGCAACACUGAGCGCUCUGCGUCAGAAGUAGAGACAUUACUAAGGGCAAAAGACAAUGAGGUGCAGUAUCUUAAAAAAGAAAUCAGCUGUCUACAGAAUGAAGUGCAGUCUCUUACCAAGGAGAAAGCAGCAGCGUAUGAGCGUUAUAAGGAAGCUUAUGUAGAGCUGAGUGACAUGAAGGGUCGCAGCCAGUUGGAGAUGGGGUCCCUCAACGAACACUUGAGACUGGCCAACGCUGCGCUUCAGGAGGGAGCGAGGCAGACCUGACCAAUGAGGACGACUUACCUUGGAGAACAAAGACA